UUUCUAUUGGAUAUACUAAAUUUUAUUGUUUUAAAAGGGAAUUUUAAAAAUGACUGAUUUUAAUGAUUUAAAAUUAUUAAAUAAGAAAUUAAAUUGUGAAUUAGUUAACAUGAAGAAGAAGAAGAAGAAGAAGAAGAAGAAAGCCUAUCAAUCAAAAUUACAGAUUAUCGAGAGUUGAAAAGGUUGACCAACCAAAUUCUAAUUCUUUGUCUUAAGUGGUACCACACUCUCUUCUGGGCCAAUUAAUCACAAGUUCGAUCAGAUGUGACUUCAUCGGUGUGCAAUUUCAAAGAGUCUUAAAUCAAGAUUGUCUAGUUACCCAGUCAACCAUGGAUUUCAUUGAUCCUUUGGUUGAAAAUAAACUUCAAAAAUGAAUUGAUUCAUUUACUUAAUACUACGAACAAAUGGAGACUGAUAGUGGAUGGGGUUGGAUCAUAGUCACAUCGUCAUUCAUCAUUCAGUUAAUAAUUGAUGGAACUUUUGGUGGAUUUGGAGUUUUAUACGUUUCCUUACGAAAUGAUCAGGUAUUCAUCAACGAAAAUUACUCACAAACAAUAUUAUCAAUGCCGGGAACCAUUCAACCUGGAUUUUUUCUCUGCACUGGUAGUCUCUAUUCAUAUUUGUAGUAUAGAACUUUUUCUCCUCUACUAAAGAGUUGUUAAACAGAGAUAGUAGUCAGAUGGAAAAAUAGUUAAUAAUUGAAAACGUAUGAACAAACAUGUUAUACAACAGUCCGUCUAAAAAAUUUGUGGAUGAUACAAAAUAUAAGAAACAGGAUGAAAAAGAAAUAACUGAAUGGUUAGGAUAUUCAUGAACACUGAUCGUUUUCUGAGGAUAAAACCCUAUUAUUUUUUAGGUAUUAUUGUAGUGAACAAAAACUCAGAGUGCCUUCAUAAAAUAUGAAAACCAUACAUUGAAUACUUUAUUUGCACAUCUUCCUCCAAUUGUUCUUUACAUGCCUGGUAAUUCUUUCAGUUCUGUUAUGAUUAAAAUUGCUCUCUGUUUCCCUUCCUGUUCUGUUCAUCAUUACUAAGGUUUGAUUUGAUAAUUUCAAAGAAACUAAGGAUCGGGAGUAGAAAAAUUAAUUUUUCUUAUAUUUUAUGACUCAGUUUAUGCCAAUUCUUCAGAGAAUAGAUAAACAAAGUGAAUUAACCCAAGUUGAAAACGCAAACAGUAACAAAGAAGAAAAUACUGAGUUCGAUCAACCAAAAAAACAGGCUUGACUAUAUUAAUACACGUCAUUCCGGUCAAGGUGCUUUUGUCAGUCCACUUAUUCAAAUGUUUGGAUUUCGUAUUAGUGGUUGUUUUGGAGCUUUAUUACUUGGUCUUGGAAUGUCAAUAGCAAGUUAUCUAACUAAUAUGCAUGCUAUAACAAUAUUUUAUGGAAUGAUAUCAGGUUCAGCUUUUGGCAUUCUAAUGGUAUGCGCUAUAGUCUCAGUCAAUUAUUAUUUUGAUCGUUAUCGUGGCUUAGCAUCAGGCUUAGCAAUGUCUGGUGCAGGUGUCGGUACAUUAUUAAUACCAGUUUUCUACAACUGGAUUAUACCGAUUAAAGGCUGGCGUUCUAGUUUAUUAUUGUAUUCAUUGGGUGCAAGCUUAUUAACAGCACUGGCUUCAUUGACACUUAAGCCAUUUAUAACAAGUGAUGAUCCCGAAUUAACUGAACAAUCCACUGAUGUGGAAAAUCCGGAACACCUUACAUCUGAUCAAAUGUUGCUUAUGAAAACGAUUCCGAAAAUUACUUACGUAAAUGAUGAUGUAACUAAUUUGCCUGAAAAAAAUCAUAAUAGAACUGUUGAUAUAACUGCCAUUCAUUCAGAUUGUAAACCUGGUGAUUCUGUAUGUGAUUUUAAUGAAGAAAAAAAAGAAAGAAAACUUUCUAUUGGAUUUACAGAUGCUUUACGCCAGUAUUUAUUAAAUCAAAAAGUUUUCUGUCGAACGUGAAGUGGUGGUCAUUUCUUUCAGAUAGUAUUGGUCUUAUACAUUAUAAUUCAAUUUACUCUGAUCGCCGUUUAUUUUAAAUGGGCUUAUUAUUGUUAACCGUACUAAUAUUCGAAAAGGUAACAAUGAUCAUUAUUACCGAUAAAAGCCACUAUCUAUUUCAACUUGCCACUAAUGAAAUAUUCUAAUUAUAGUUUUGAAACAGAAGUAUAGAUCAUUGUUUAUCAGAAUGAUUUAAUGUCUACCGUGGUGCAUCAGAUGAUCUAACUUAGAGAAUAUUUUAAUAAAACUAAGUGAUAUUAAUUGAAAAUAAUCGUUUAACAUCCACUAGGACCAACAACUUUGUCGGAAACUAACAACGAUGCAGAAGAUGCAGAGUCCAUGGUUGGUUCAAGAUUAUGGAAAUCAAGUCAAGGAUUCAAGAGACAACAGUCAUCAUAUAUUCGUCAUCAUAGUCAGUUAUGUCAACCUGCUCAGUCUAACCAACAACAGAAACAAAGUUACAACAAACUCCCAAGACAAACAACACAGACAACAGUUGCAGCUACAAACGAUUAUAUCCAUUCAAGUUAUAAUUUAUCAUCGACGAGAAAGUCUAGACGAAAGUUUGCCAGUCAAAUAUAUACCCUUCUUGACAAACCAGAUGCAUUUUAUUCAGCGAGUUUAACAAAUUUAAAUCCUAAAAUUACUCAACCUUUUAAUGAACACAAAAAAUCUACAGCUUCUUCAAUAAAUGUAAGGGCAUAUUCAAAGUAUCCAAUAGCAUCUAAAUCAUCUUUAAUCAUUUCUUCUGAAACAGUGAAUAAAAAUCAAAUUAUUAAUGAGUUAAUUGAUAGUAAUAUUUCUUCAUUUCAAUUAUUUCCUAUUACACCAUUGAAUCAACAGCAUCAAGAACAAAACCACGAAGAAUUUCAUUCUUUGGAUAAUUCGAUACAUAAAUCAUCUCAUAAUGAUAUAUAUCCUAAAUCCAGUAUUAUUGAAACAAGUAUUCCGGAAGAAAACCUACUGACUACCAAUAAUACAGAAAACAGCACAGAACCCUACUCACCAAUAUCUAAAGUGAACACAAUUAAACAAAAUCUAGUAUUAUUUGGAUUUGGAAUAAUAAAAUUAUUUGAUUUAAGCUUAUUCACAGAAAUCUCAUUUUUAUACUUAGUAGGUAUUGGUGUUACAAGUCAGCUGGCAUAUUUUAUUCCAUUUGUCUAUUUAAUUGAUUAUACAGUUAGUUAUGGGAUGGAACAAGAUAGUGCUGUUUUAAUAGUUAUGAUAUUAAGUAUAUUCCACACACUUGGUCGAAUAGCAUCUGGUAUUAUGUCAAAUGUUUUUCAUUUAGAUUCGGUAUAUUUAAGUGGACUAGCAACUUUUGGUGGUGGGCUAGCACAUGUAUUUCUCGUUUUUAUAAUUCCACAUACAUUUACGUGGUAUUCUAUAUAUGCCAGCAUUUAUGGCCUAUGUAGUGGAAUACCUAUCCCACUUAUUCCAAUACUUUUAGUACGUUUCAGUGGACUUGAGCACCUGACAGCGAGUUUUAGUAACCUGAAUUUACUAAAAGGUAUUUUUUCAAUGAUUGGACCUACUGUGGCAAGUAAGUACACUGUAUUUCAAUCCAGUAACUCUCCUGUUUUAUUCUCAUUUUUAAUUUACAACUGAAAGGGUUAUCCCAAUUUAUUCUCUCAAAGUUUUAAGUAGUGGAAAGAGAUUUUAAUAUGUAUUUCUGAUGAAUUUGAAUAAAGUUGGAGCUCCAAUGUUUUUUAUCACUUAAUAUGUACUCCACAAAUCGUAUUCUCUAAACAUUCACAACAUUUGACCUACAUUUGGCUUCAAUUGAUUUUCUAAAUAUAUUGGGUUUCAUCUGUACUAUAUUUUUGAGAAUAAAUUGUAGGAAGAGAUUAUUUUUAACUGCUAGAUUGAAACUCAAUGGUUCACGUUCUCUGCCUGAUGUUACUUCUCACUUCUUUUGGUCAUAAUUAAAUGUAACUGGUAGUUAUUCAUUCGCACAUUCAAGUGUGUGAUUCUGCUUCCUAUCACUUACCAGCCAAAUUUAGAAAUUAAUCAGUGAUGGAAAUUUCGAUCCUGGUCCGAAAAACCUAUCCAUCACUUUCAUCUUUCAAACGAUUCCUCAUAUUAUCUCAGUUCAUAGUUUAAGUCGAUUUCAUAUAGCCGAUCCUUCACAAAUGACCGUUUUUAACCCAGUACUAAUCAAAACAGGAUGAGUAACAUUUUCUUUAUAAUCUUCACCUUGAUUUCUUAAAUAUCCUUUUCAUUAUUGCAUUUUACUACGCAUACUUUCAGACUCUCAAAUUAACUUGAACUAGCCGCUCAAUGAUUAUUCUUAUUUUGUGUGAGUUUCCCAUGUAUAUCCUCACCGAUCGACCACUUAUUAUUGAAAGUCUGUAACGUGAUGUGAUGUUGGUUGAGCUGUAUCGAUCAGAUUGCAAUUCGAACAGUAGUUUGGGUGAUUCUAUAUUAAAAUGCGCUUUUUUAGAUGUUAGUUGUUUGAGAGCGAUAAGCAGGAAUACCUCAACACAUAAAUCAUAGCUGCUAUCCAUUAGCAAAGUGAAUCUGCUUCAGCAUGACAAGAACCAACAUUUAAGGACUACCCAAACUGCAAAUACUUACGUAUAUGUAGUGAUUUAUACUUGGCUUAUAAUUUUAUCAGGUCAGUUGUUGUUUCUGAUCAAAUUCCUCAUCUUGUGCUAGCCUUUUCUUUUUCAAAAAGUACUACAUUAGUCGUCCAACGUAAACCAAAUUAGGUCAAAAGUAUAUACAUAACGUAGCCAAUCACAGCCACUGGAAAAUAGUACUUAUUAUUUCACCCACACUUUAUAAACAUUAUUGAUUCACUGAAAUAAAACAUUCCUUUUUUUUCUUGUUUAUCUUUUUUUCCCAAGUUACCAUAGUCGAGUAUACUAGUCAAAAAGACCAUUUAUUUCUUGUAGCGGGAGUAUGUUACAUUAUUUCUGCUCUAUUACAUUUGGGAUUAUGUCGAUAUUCAUGUUUUCCAAAAUAUUCUAAAUCUAGUACAAACAAACAGAGAACUAAUGACUACGAUGAUGCAAGUCAUUUUGAAGAUCCAUAUGCUAAAUGUUUUCCAUGUUCUUCCUAAUAAAUUGAAAUUAACAAAAGUAUUACUAAUCUCUUUUUAGUCAAAAAAUACUACUAAAUUAUACUUUAUACAAACUUUGAUGAUGAUUGAAAGAAGAAAAAAAGACACUAUUUUGUACCAAACAUUAUUUCCUGUUAAUCCUUUUAUUACAUUUUUAUAAGUAGUCUUUUUAAUGCAUGGAUUAGUUUCUUUUUUAUCAUAUAUUGAUCCCCUUAGACUAAAUAUUUCCGUAAAAAUGUUUACAGUAAUAAUAUGUAUAUUGAAUAAACGAUAUUCUUUCUAAAAAAAAACUCCCUUUACAUUCAACUAUAAUGAUGAUUAUUGUUAUUAGGAUGUGAAGAAUGUGGGCUAGUUAUAACAAAUAUUUAUAUUUGAAUAUUAAAUCUGUUAUAAGAAUUUGCUAAACUUUGUCCUAAAUUUCUCAUGGUUAUGUAGUAUGACUCUGAAAUGUCUUCUUUGAAAAUGAACAUGAACAGAUUACAAAUGUUCAGUUACAGUUGUCAUCGAAUAUUUACUCGAUUAUGUUGGAACCAUCGAGUGAGAAAUGCUGAGGUUAAUCCUAGGCUAAUAGAUGAAGACUGUAGAUUAAUUGAUAAGGUAGUUAAUCUUUAUUGAAUCAAGUGUUUAGGAUGUGUUUUAUGUAUCCUUAACUACUGUUUACCUUGACAAACUGUAUCUACUGGUUGGAAGAAAGUGACCGAACCUAGACGUGGUACCAGUCAAUAAGGUUAUUGAUGGUUUAAAUGAGUUGGAUUGGUUAGUGCAAACUACCUAGUGGAGGUGAGCACGAAUACUGUGAUCAAUGAUUAGAGAUAUUGGAUGAGAUGGUUCAGAUUCUUUCGCAAUAGUACAAAUGGGUUCACUCUUUUUCUUCUUUCAAAUGAUAAGAUUUAUAAGUCCAUAUUUUCUCUUCAAAUCACAUUGUCUAUGCCUAAUCUCUUAUGGUGUUUAGUGCAAACAUGUUGGAUACACAACUGAAUACCCAUUUUAUAAUACAGGAUCUGAUAGGGUAUGUGACUAUACUAUGAAUUACUUGAACUUGUAAUGAAUCAUGCUAUUAAUUCGAAUCCCUUAUUAGUGAAUACAUAUAAUUUGCCCCUAUUUAUUUAGAUGUCUACUGACAUAUUAUAUUGAUAUACAAAUGUUUGAAAUAUGUUGAUUACUAGACACUGGUCAGCUUGCUCUCAUUUCAACACAAUACAUACUAGAAUUAUCUGAUCCAAUUCUGAAUUUACUUCAUUUUAAUGCAAUUGCUCAUCAUUGUAGAGCUAGCGGUGACACAAUUCCGAUAUUGAUCUAAUACAACCAUUAUUUCACACCAGCUAUGUCAAUUCAAUUUUGUUGCACAUUG